ACAUUUCAUUUCCUGGGUAUUAACGCUGUAGCUGCCAUUUUGUGUGCUGUCACAAUCUACAUGCCUCUAAUCCAUCAUCCUUAAAAAGCCUUCCUUUUAUGACGCAGUCGACCCAGUAGAUUUCGAAGGCUUCCUAAUGACACGGCUGAACAACUUGGACUCAGAACUAGCACAAGAACUUGGUGAUUUUCCUGAAGAUGAUUUAGACAUUGUCUUUACACCCAAGGAGUGUAGGACUUUGCAACCCUCUAUGCCAGAAGAUGGGGUUGAACUGGACUCACAUGUCAGAGACUGUGUUCAGACAUAUAUCCGGGAGUGGCUGAUUGUGAAUCGAAAGAACCAAGGGAAUUCAGAUGCUUGUAGCCUGAGAAACAAGGGAUCCCGAAAAGAUUUUCACAAGACCCUUCAAAAACAAACAUUUGAAUCAGAAACUUCGGACUCUGGUGAUGCAAACUUUCAGGUUGGGCCCCGACAUGUCCAUGUGCUCCCUGAGGAGGCCUCAGGGACAACCCUCACCUCCUCCGACUUUGACCUGCGCAGCCUGCAGCCGGAUCCCCGCCUGCAAAACCUUCUGCGGCUUGUCAGCGCUGAGGAGUUUGAGAGGCAGAACGAGGAAGCGAGACGCACCAACAGGCACGCUGAGCUCCUCGCCCUCUACCCCUCUGUGGAUGAGGAAGAUGCAGUGGAGAUACGGCCAGUGCCAGAUCGCCCAAAGGAACAUCUGGGCAACAGGAUUUUGGUGAAGCUGCAGACUCUGAAGUUUGAGAUAGAGAUUGAACCUUUGUUUGCAUGCAUAGCUCUCUAUGAUAUGAAAGAAAGAAAAAAGAUCUCAGAAAAUUUUCAUUUUGACCUCAACCCUGAUUCAUUAAGAGGAUUCUUGCGUUCUCAUACGCCCUCCAUUGACUUGUCCACUCAGGCAAGAUCAGCAGUAUUUUCUGUCACUUACCCCUCAUCGGAUAUAUACCUAGUAAUAAAGAUAGACAAAGUGCUUCAGCAAGGAGAAAUCGGAGACUGUGCAGAACCCUAUAUGGUUCUUAAAGAAAGUGAGGCUGGCAAGACAAAAGAAAAGAUUGAAAAACUGAAAGUCCAAGCUGAAUCCUUUUGUCAACGGUUGGGGAAAUACAGAAUGCCAUUUGCCUGGAUUCCCAUAAGCCUAACUAAUUUCUUCAACAUUUCAACACUUGAACGAGAAAUACCUGAAUUCGAAGGUGUAAAUGGGAAAGGAUCCACUAGUGACAAGAGGACAACACUGCUACAGGCAAGAAGACUUUCUGAGAGGAGUCUCAGCACAGAGGACAGCUGUCCGGUAUCAAACUUUAAAACAGUCUCUCUGACACUCAGCACCUUCUUUAAACAGGAAGGAGACAGGCUCAGUGAUGAAGAUCUGUUCAAAUUCUUAGCUGAUUUCAAAAGAUCGUCUUCCUUGCAGAGAAGAAUUAAGACUUUACCAGGUACAUUAAUUCAUUUUGGAUGUAAAAGG